AUGCCCCAUCACGCGGUAAUAAAGGAAUCAAGCUACACCACGAAACUUAGGAUAGUGUUCGAUGCGUCCGUGAGGACAAGCAGCAACUUAUCGUUAAAUGACGUGGUAAUUGUAAGACCCACGAUCCAAGCAAAAUUGUUCACGCAUUUAGUACGAUUUCGGACGUACAAAUAUGUUCUGACGGCAGACAUUCAAAAGAUGUAUUUACAGGUGUUGGUGUACCAGUGGUAUGAACGCUUCAAAAGUGGUCGUGAGGCUGUUGAGGACGAUACUCGUCCUGGGAGGCCAUCGACAUCGAAAACUGAUGAAAACGUCGAUGAAAUCCGACAAUUGUUGAUCGAAAAUCGCAAAUUGACGAUAAGGGAGAUAGCUGAGACCACCAACAUAUCAUUCGGAUCCGUUCAGAGCAUUUUGCGUGAGGAUUUGGGUCUGAGUCGAGUCACUGCGAGAUUGUAUGUAGAUGACUUGCUGACAGGCGCGGAAACCAUUAAUGACGCUCGGACUAUUCGAAGCGAAGUCACCGCGUUGUUAGCUAAAGGCGGCUUCACCAUUAGACAGUGGGCGUCCAACGACGAACGGAUCAUAGAAGGCAUGGCAAGCGAUGCAUUGCACGCGAGUUUCGUCGUAGAUAUGGAUCGUUCGUUAAAAACGUUGGGAAUCACGUGGAAUGCGCGCGAAGACAAAAUAUGUUACGUAGCUUACCCUGUUAACAUAUCGAAUCGAGUCACAAAGCGGAUCAUUCUAUCUGGAACCGCGAAAAUAUAUGAUCCACUUGGUUUGGUGGGUCCAGUAGUUUUUUAUGCUAAGAGAUUGAUGCAAGACGUGUGGCGUUGCAACGUCCAAUGGGAUGAGUCGGUCCCGCAAGAAAUACAUACACAAUGGAUGCAAUUUGUGCAACAGUUGGAGUCGAUGGGCUGA